CGUGUUGGAAAAUUGAACCAACCGGGGGUUUGCUUAGUUAACCGUCGUCCAGCCUACGGUCCUUCUCAGUUCCGAGCCGGGCCAGCCCACCUUUGCUGUCUAAACGCCCAUGUUUCUUUUACUCUGAUUGGGUCUCUCCGCCGGCCACCAUCCACGCAACAUAGAGCACAUACGUAUAAGAGAUCGAUAUCCAGACGAUUUUUCCUAAUCGAUUCUGUUCUGAAGAUGGAUCAAUCCGGAGAUUCAAAGCCCAUCCUCAACCACCGUGUUCUCCUCCCCGAUGGAAGCGUCACGCCGAUGAUUCUCACAGCUGACGGUUGUCUUCGGUGGUUGGAGGAAGGUCAACGGAGUUUGUCUGUUGAUAAGGAGGUUCUCGGAUUCUCCACGGAUGGUCCGAAUAUUAGGAUCAAAGCUCUCGUGGAGGACCUUGGUGGAUUGCUGUGCUUUGGGAGCAGUGGAGGUUUGGUGAGGAAGGAGUUCGUGUUUCAACCACUUUCUGAGGAGUCGCGAGCGCUUUGGUGUCUGAAGCUCCGUGAAUGCGUUGAUUUGCUUGGUCGUCCAAAGAGGCUGUUUGUUUUCGUUAACCCAUUCGGUGGGAGAAGAGCUGGUUACAAAAUCUAUCUAGAUGACGUGAAGCCUAUUCUUGACGAUGCCGAAAUCGUUGUCACACUGCAAGAGACUAAAUAUCAGCGGCAUGCGGAGGAGGUUGCUUAUUCGUUGGAUAUUACCGAAUACGAUGGUAUUGUUUGUGUUAGUGGUGAUGGAAUCUUGGUAGAGGUAAUAAACGGACUGCUGAGGAGAGAUGAUUGGGUUGAUGCAAUAAAGACACCUCUAGGAGUAGUGCCUGCAGGCACUGGAAAUGGAAUGGCGAAAUCACUUCUUCACUCAAUCGGUGACCCUUGUACAGCAUGCCAUGCUACUCUUGCCAUCAUUCGGGGCCAUAAAUGUUCAUUGGAUGUUGCCACCAUUUCGCAAGGAGAGGUUAAACAUUUUGCAGUGUUGAUGCUUGCUUGGGGAUUGAUAGCAGAUAUUGACAUUGAGUCGGAAAAAUAUAGGUGGAUGGGAAGUGCUCGGUUAGAUUUUUAUGCUCUUCAACGAAUUAUAAGUUUGAGGCACUACAAAGGUGGUGUUUCUUUUGUACCUGCACCUGGAUUUGAAGAUUAUGGAGAGCCGACGAGGUACGAUUAUGAAACUGCUAGCGUAGUAGAUGUUGACAAAAGUGAUGGUGAGACCGAUAAUAUUCGGCGGCAUGGGUACGAAGGACCUAAUAUCAACUUGAAGGAUUUGAAUUGGAGAAAAUUUGACGGACCUUUUAUUUCAGUCUGGCUUCACAAUGUACCUUGGGGAGCUGAAAACACCAUGGCAGCACCAGAUGCUAAGAUGUCAGAUGGUUUCUUGGACUUGAUUAUUAUCAGAGACUGCCCAAAAUUAUCCUUGCUAGCGUUGAUGACUGAGUUGAAUAAUGGAAGGCAUGUCAAGUCACCAUUUGUUACAUAUAUCAAGGUCAAAGCAUUUAUUUUGACACCUGGCACGCGGGUAGAGGAGCCUAACAAAGAAGGAAUUAUAGACGCAGAUGGAGAGGUCUUAGCUUUGGGGAGGGAAACUAUCACGAGUGGUCAGAAAACUCUCAUGAAUUAUGAUAAACUUCAAAUCAGCAUGCAUCAAGGGUUAGCUACUCUAUUUUCCCCUUGUAGGGAUUGAUCAAAUCAGAUUAUCUUGAUCCAAUUUUAUUGCUGAUUUGGAAGAGGAAACAACCCUGAUUUUCCCCCCUCAACUGUAAAGAAAUAAUAUAUAGCAAUUUAAGAGGUGGCAAAAUUGGGUGCAUAACUGUCAGUCUUGGAAAAUUUUCAGUUCAUAAUUGUUCUUGAUGUCUAGUGUUUCUGUUACAGACUAAAGACAUAAUAAUACAAACACAAAUAUUAAUACCAAUUAAAGGUAUUCAUGACCUUGUUUAGAUGUUAGGUGCAGGUUCCAGUUCACAAAAGUGAAGUACACGAGAAUCCAAAUUGGUAAAUGGGAGCUUGCUUUCUAAUCCUUUUUUACUGUACAGUUGAUGUGAAACGAGUAGGUGAACCCGGCACAGUUUGUGUAGUACAAAAGUGAUUGGAAUCAAUGAAAUUAGGCAUUUAUUAAGACUCUCUCGCCAUAGGAGCAGGCGCUUUGGUGAUUAUCAAGAUAAGUAGAGGCGUAAUACACCAGCUAUGGUCAGUUAUUUGAGUUCUCUACAGGUAAAUUUUAUUGAAUUAUGAUGGUAUUGGCCCUGUUUCAGUUUCACAAUUGUUUAUAGACAUUAGAACAGGAAUUUCAAUCUGGUGGAACAAAAAAUCUACAAGUACUACACUCUCUGAUUACUCUGAACGAAUUAUUAUUAUUGUUGUAUGGCCCUAUUUUCUAUUUUUGCAGCUUGAUGAGCAGCACCAAAAACCAAUCAAGUACUGUACUGUGUGAUAUAAAUGCAGGUUGGCCUUUUCGGGUACCAUCCAAGUCAAUGAGCUUGAUGACAACACUCAUUUUGCAUACUGUUUGAUGCCCCCACUCCCUACCCUUUUCCCUCUAACUCUGAUUUGUGAUGCAUAUGAAUUGAAGUGGGGCCUCCAACUCCGGCGGAUUCAUCCUUAUCAGAUAAGGCUUUCACAAUUCAACCCUCGACCCACGUCGGGUUAGUUUUUUUACCAUACAUGUUGCAUUCAUAAUUCAUUCGCAUUUUAGAAGUAUAUAUCGAUUACUGUUGACUUGCUCGGUAUGUUUUACUUUUUCCUUUAACAUUUUGAAAUUCCAUUUUUACCAUCAUUCUCUAAA